AUGUCGAAGCAAGAUCCCGCUGAGCAAGUUCGCUUCCUUGUGUCCUGCAUUGGUCACACCACCAAUGGAAGACCUGACUUUACUCUCGUCGCUGAAGAACUUGGAAUUGUUUCCAAAGCCGCUGCCCAGAAGCGGUAUGAGCGAAUGCUCAAAGCCAACGGAGUGAAUGCCUCCAAGCCGGCCGCUAAAUCCAGCGCUGAUGAUGAAAACACUCCUUCCACCCCGGUGAAGCGCAAGACCACUGGAGUUGCUAGAGGCAGCGCCCAAAAGAAGUCCAGGGCUGCCAAGAAGGAAGAAAGCGAUGACGAGAUGAAGGACACGAAGCCGACUCCCAAGGGCAGGGCCAGAGUUCCCAAGAAGGAGCCUAAGAAGGAGCCAAAGAAGGAGCCAAAGGAAGAGUGCGACUCUUCUCUCUCCGAUGCUCCCGAUUCCGGCCAUUCUGAUGCUGGCACUAGCUUUGAUUCUGUCUAA